AUGGCGAUGAGGAGACGAAACAGCUUUUUUAGAAGUUUUAAAAAUGUCGAACCGGAUUGGGACGAUUGUGUUUACGAUCAGGGACACACGGCGGCUUCUCAGAAUAAAUGGGUGUUUGAAAUUGCUUGGGAGGUGGCGAAUAAAGUUGGAGGUAUCUAUACAGUGAUAAAAUCUAAAGCCCCUACCACAGCGGAAGAAUUGGGGGAGCAGUAUUUUUUGAUGGGACCGUAUAAUGAAUCAUGUGUAAGAACUGAAGUCGAGGUUUUAGAGCCACAUAAUUCAGUCGUCAGAGACGCGUUGACUGCUAUGAGAAAUGCAGGAAUUAAGGUUUAUUUUGGAAGAUGGUUAAUAGAUGGUUAUCCAAAAGUAAUAUUGUUUGAUAUCGGGUCUGCAGCAUGGAAACUCGAUGAAUUUAAACAUGAGUUAUGGAAGAACGCUAGUAUUGGUAUUCCUAUACAUGACCGAGAGUCUAAUGAUGCUGUUAUUUUCGGGGCGUUAGUCACAUGGUUUUUAGGGCUGUUUUUAAAUCUCACGCCUGGUGAUCCUCUCAUCAUCGCCCAUUUUCACGAAUGGUUGGCGGGAGCGGGGUUAAUUUAUACCAGAACACGUAAAUUAAAUAUCAGUACGAUAUUUACUACACACGCCACGUUACUAGGUCGUUAUCUGUGUGCUGGCAACACAGACUUCUAUAAUAAUCUUGACAGUUUUAAUUUAGACAAAGAAGCUGGAGACAGACAAAUUUAUCAUCGAUAUUGUAUGGAGAGAGCGGCCGUACACUGUGCUCACGUCUUUACAACAGUGUCAGAAAUUACAGGCGUAGAGGCUGAAAGUCUACUUAAACGUAAACCAGAUAUCAUCACUCCUAAUGGGUUAAAUGUUAUCAAAUUUAGUGCUCUUCAUGAAUUUCAAAACUUACAUGCUGUUUCCAAAGAAAAAAUCAGUGAUUUUGUUAGAGGACAUUUUUAUGGCCACUAUGAUUUCGACCUGGACAAAACGUUAUAUUUCUUCAGUGCAGGGCGGUACGAGUUUUCUAAUAAAGGUUGCGAUAUGUUUAUAGAAUCAUUAGCACAAUUAAAUUAUUUUUUAAAGUCAAGUGGAAGUGAUAUGACCAUCGUUGCGUUUUUAAUUUUCCCAACUCGUACCAAUAAUUUCAACGUAGACUCUCUUCGAGGGCAGGCCAUUGCUAAGCAACUGAAAGAUACAGUCUCUAGUGUACAGAAUCAGAUGGGAAAACGAAUUUUUGAAAUCUGCUUAAGGGGAAAGUUACCCUCCGGUGAUGAAGUUUUAACACAAGAAGAUAUCGUCAAAUUAAAACGCUGUAUUUUUGCGGCUCAGAGAGCGACCUUACCUCCGAUUUGUACCCACAAUGUAUCAGAAGAUUGGAAAGAUCCAUGCCUGGAGGCGUUACGGAGAUGUAAAUUAUUUAACGCACCUUCAGAUAGGGUCAAGGUUAUAUUUCAUCCUGAGUUUUUAAAUUCGACCAAUCCACUAUUUGGUUUGGAAUAUGAAGAUUUUGUACGAGGUUGUCAUUUGGGUGUGUUUCCAUCAUAUUAUGAACCAUGGGGCUAUACACCAGCUGAAUGUACGGUGAUGGGAAUACCAAGUAUAACUAGUAAUCUAUCAGGGUUUGGAUGUUUUAUGCAGGAUCAUAUAGCAGACCCCAAAUCUUACGGUAUUUAUAUCAUUGACAGAAGACAUAAGGCACCUCAUGAAUCGGUCAAUCAACUAGCACAGUAUAUGUUUGAUUUCUCCUGUUUGAGCAGAAGACAAAGAAUCAUUCAACGGAACAGAACAGAACGACUGAGUGAAUUGUUGGACUGGAAAAAUCUAGCUAUGUUUUAUCGUAAAGCUCGUCUUCAGGCUGUAACAAUAACUCAUCCUGAACGAGCAGCAGAACAAAGUACAGCCGAGAAAAAAUUCCUGUACCCUAAGCCUGCUUCAUGUCCCCCCUCCCCCUCUAUGUCACGUUCGUCGACCCCACUCCCCUCAGACGAGGACAAUGAUAAUGAUAAUGAUGAAGAAGAUGAUGAUAUCGAUAAUCAGCAUCUUUAUUACGACGAAGAAAAAUAA